UCAGUCUUCACCGAAACGCGUAAGGAAUCGGUGAUAAAAUUACCCGCCGUCGCCAUUUUAAUUUUUCGACGAACGAAAAUAUUCUGUGGUCGAAAAGUUUUAGGCGGGAAAAAUUGUGUUAUUUUUAGGGCUGUAUUUUUUAUAGUUAUUUAAUUUUUUUAAUUGUGACAAUGUUUUCAAGAGUUGCAGUAUUUUUUGUGCUGUCCUCAACCUGUGUCGUGCUCGGCCAGCAGUCGGACGACAUCAUCAGGAACGACUUCGAGGGGCCCAACCCCGAUGGGUCCUACAAGUGGGCGCUGCAGACUGAAGGAGGCAUCUUCCACGAGCAGCGCGGCUCGCAGGCGCCCCCUGGCGGCGCGGGGGAGGUGGUCGAGGGACAGUACCAGUACACCGCGCCGGAUGGUCAGAUAAUCCGGCUCCUAUACAAAGCGGACGAGACCGGCUUCCACCCGGUCGGGGACCACCUCCCCACCCCGCCCCCCAUCCCCCCCGCGAUCCAGCGCGCGCUGGACUACCUCGCCUCGCUGCCGCCAAGGGCAGACAACGAUUAUAACUACUAAGGACAGAAAGGAGAUAAAAAAAUAUGUUUUAAAAAAAAUUAUAACUAGUAGGGACAGAGAGGGGAUAUUUUUUGAGACUAUAGUUAAAGACAAUUGACAAUAAUCGGUACCUUAAGCCCCAGUUUCACCAUACUCUGUUAGAUCAAAACAGGGAAUUAGUUGACUUCUAACACAUCUGCCAAGAAUUUAAUAUGGAGAUGACGUAUAAUUGAUGACAUUACAAUGUAACAGGGCUGUAAUUUUAUUAUCAGAGUGGAACUUUAUCAACUACCUAUGUAUAGAAGUUGGGGGUGGACGUAAAAAGGCCUCGCAUAUUUCUCCAUCUACCUAUGUGACAAAAUAAUGCUUGCAUGCAUGCUUUCAUUGUUCAUAUUUGAAUCCCAACAUUGUGAAAAAGACUAGUAAAACAUCAAAAAGUGUAGCAAUAAAAAGUAGGGUCAUUGAGCCUGUUCGCGGCCCUGUGA